CGGAGCCCGGAAGCGGAAGCGGCACUGCUGCGUGGCUCUUGAGAGAGUUCGUGUGCGCGCGCGCCCUGUAUCUUCGAGGAGAGACGGAGGGGGCGAACCGCAGGGAUUUGUGAGCCAGAGCCACCGCGAAACAGCCGGCAGGGAGAAGCAUGACCGUGAAUCUCACUGUGGACGAAACGAACCCGCCUCUGGUGGUGUUACUGACAGCCCAGUAUGUGAAGGAUACCUCUGGGAUCUCGGUGCAGGAAGGCAAGGAGACCACUCUACGUGUCUCUGACUCAGUACAGUUCUGUGAUGUAAACUCCAUCUUGCGCUACUUAGCGCGGAUAACGCCCAGCCUGGGGUUAUAUGGCUCCGACUUCAUGGAACAGGCUGAGGUGGACCACUGGUUGGAGUUUGCUUACCGCCGUGUGUCUGGGCAGUCUUCCCUGACCCCUGCCCUGGAGGAUCUGGACAAAGCCUUGGCCCUCCGCACCUUCCUGGUGGGGUACACCGUGACUCUCGCUGAUCUGUCCGUGUGGGCAGCUCUCAAAGGAAGUAGUGGGUGGCCGGCAAUCCUGGACAAAUCCGGUCCAUUCCCUCACAUCCACCGCUGGUUCUCUUUUUUGAGCUCCCAGGCACCGUUCAACAGUGUGGGGAGCAAGAUGUGCAGCGGCAACACUGCCCCAAACAGCAGUGUGCCCAGAGAUAAGAAGCAGGACGUGGGGAAGUUUGUGGAGCUACCCGGUGCCGAGAUGGGGAAAGUGAUCGUCCGGUUUCCACCCGAAGCCAGUGGGUAUUUGCACAUCGGACAUGCCAAAGCAGCACUUCUGAACCAGCACUACCAGGUCACCUUCAAGGGCAAGCUGAUCAUGCGCUUUGACGAUACCAACCCAGAGAAGGAGAAGGAGGACUUUGAGAAGGUCAUCCUGGAGGACGUAGCCAUGCUGCAGAUCAAGCCAGAUCAGUUCACUUACACCAGCGACCACUUCCCCACCAUCCUAAAGCUGGGCGAGCAGCUGUUACAGGAGGGCAAGGCCUAUGUGGAUGACACACCACCUGACACCAUGAAGCAGGAGCGCGACCAGAGGAUCGAGUCCCGGCACCGCAACAACUCGGUGGAGAAGAACCUGCAGAUGUGGGAGGAGAUGAAAGCAGGAACAGAGUAUGGGCAGACAUGCUGCGUAAGGGCCAAGAUAGACAUGAGCUCCAACAACGGCUGCCUGCGCGACCCCACCCUUUUCCGAUGCAAGAACAAGCCCCAUCCACGCACAGGCAACAUGUACAAAGUAUACCCUACAUACGACUUUGCCUGCCCCAUCGUGGACAGCCUGGAGGGCGUGACCCACGCCCUGCGGACCACCGAGUAUCACGACCGCGAUGAGCAGUACUACUGGGUGAUCGAAGCCCUGGGACUGCGCAGGCCCUACGUGUGGGAAUAUGCUCGGCUGAACCUCAACAACACGGUCCUCUCCAAGAGGAAGCUCACCUGGUUUGUGGAGCAGGGCCUGGUGGAUGGCUGGGAUGACCCACGUUUCCCCACGGUCCGUGGCGUCCUGCGCAGAGGGAUGACGGUGGAGGGACUCAAACAGUUCAUUGCGGCACAGGGUGGAUCCAGAUCUGUUGUCAAUAUGGAAUGGGACAAGAUCUGGGCAUUCAAUAAGAAGCUGCCAAUUAGCUGUGUGAAGGUGAUUGACCCUGUGGCCCCCAGAUAUACCGCCCUCCUGGAGUCUCAAGUGGUUCCAGUGUCUAUCCCUGAGGCUCAACAGGAGGUGAAGGAAGCAGCCAAACACCCCAAGAACCCAGACGUCGGGAUGAAACCUGUGUGGUAUGGACCACGAGUGCUCAUAGAGGGAGCCGAUGCAGAGACCUUUUCUGAGGGAGAGACAGUCACUUUCAUCAACUGGGGCAACAUCAUUAUCACGAAGAUCCAAAGAGACGGCAGCGGUACGAUCACGUCUCUGGAGGGCCGUCUGAACCUAGAGAACACGGACUACAAGAAGACCACCAAGAUCACGUGGCUGGCAGACACACCCUGCGCGCCCCUCGUUCCCACAGUGUGCGUUAACUACCAGCACCUCAUCUCAAAGCCUGUGCUAGGCAAGGACGACGACUUCAAGGACUACAUCAACAGGAACAGCAAGCUGGAGGAGAAAAUGAUAGGCGAUCCCUGUCUGAAGGACUUGAAGAAGGGUGACAUCAUUCAGCUGCAGAGGCGGGGUUUCUACAUUUGUGACCAGCCCUAUGAGCCAGUCAGCCCCUAUAGCUGUAAGGAGAGCCCGUGUGUGCUUCUGUAUAUCCCUGAUGGACACACUAAAGAAAUGCCCACUGCUGGCUCCAAGGAAAAGAACAAGAGCCAGGUGGUCUCCAAACCCGUGAAGGCAGAGACCACCUCCCAGGCUAAGUCAAAACCAGCCCCUAGCCCUUCCCCCAGUGCCGCUGCCGCCGGAGAUGCAGGUGCAGUGUUCUCUGCCAUCGUGGCACAGGGUGAGAAUGUUCGCACCCUGAAGGCCAACAAGGCUCCCAAGGAACAGGUGGACGAGGCUGUGAAGCAACUUCUGUCCCUGAAGGCUCAGUUCAAAGAUCUCACGGGACAGGAUUACAAACCAGGCAUGGCCCUUCCUGGUCCUGCCGCUGCAUCUUGUAGCCCCUCCUCUGACUUCACCUCCUGCCCAUAUGAGCGUGUGGCCCAGCAGGGGGAGGUAGUAAGAAAGCUGAAGGCAGAGAAAGCUCCCAGGGACCAGAUUGAUGCUGCAGUCAAGCAGCUUCUUGCUUUGAAAGAGGAGUUCAAGAAGUUGACAGGGCAGGAAUAUAAGCCUGGCAUGGCUCCUCCCAGGGAGGCCCCUGUGCAGUUCAGCCCACCCCCAGUACAGACCCCCUGUGAUUCCAUCACAAGGCUGUAUGAGCGUGUUGCGGAGCAGGGAGAGGUGGUCAGGAAGUUGAAGGCAGAGAAAGCUCCCAAGGAUCAAGUAGAUGCAGCAGUAAAACAGCUGCUUGCUCUCAAAGCAGAGUACAAACAGCAUACAGGGCAGGAGUACAAACCAGGGGCGGCUCCUCCUGCAAACUCCGCCCCUGUCAAAGCAGACCAGGCUCCCAUUACAUCUGGCUCAUCCCAGGAGGCUCAGGCCUUAUAUUCUCAGGUUGCUCAGCAAGGGGAGAUAGUGAGAACCCUAAAGUCAUCUAAAGCCCCUAAGGACCAAGUGGACAGUGCUGUGAAAAGGCUUCUGGAACUCAAAGCACAGUACAAAGCCCUUACGUGUGUGGAGUACCACCCUGUGGAGGCCGCUGGGGGAGGUGGGGGUGGCAGCGAGGACAAGAGCCGCAAAGACCGCGAGAACAAAUCUGAGAAGCAGAGCGGAGCAGGAGGUGGGCGCAAGCAGCAUGGCACAGACAAGCAGCCCCAGGGACAGGAGGCGAGUCAGGGGGCCGGAGGAGCAGGUGAUGGACAGGGAUCUAAGAAACAGACACGAUUGGGUCUGGAAGUAAAGAAGGAAGAGAAUCUGGCUGAGUGGUACUCUCAGGUCAUCACCAAGGCCGAGAUGAUUGAGUACUACGACGUGAGCGGCUGCUACGUGCUGCGGCCCUGGUCAUACACCAUCUGGGAGGCCAUCAAGGAAUUCUUUGACAAAGAGAUCAAGAAGCUGGGUGUGGAGAACUGCUAUUUCCCAAUGUUCGUGUCCCAGGCUGCACUGGAGAAGGAGAAGACCCACAUCGCAGACUUCGCACCCGAGGUGGCGUGGGUGACCAGGUCUGGGAAAACCGAGCUAGCCGAACCCAUCGCAGUUCGACCCACCAGUGAGACAGUGAUGUAUCCUGCCUACGCCAAGUGGGUCCAGUCACACAGAGACCUGCCCAUAAAACUCAACCAGUGGUGCAACGUUGUGAGAUGGGAGUUCAAACAUCCACAGCCCUUCCUGAGGACGCGAGAGUUCCUGUGGCAGGAGGGACACACUGCUUUUGCCACCAAGGAGGAGGCUGCAGAGGAGGUGCUCCAGAUCCUGGACCUGUAUGCCCGUGUGUACGAGGAGCUCAUGGCCAUUCCUGUGGUGAAGGGCCGCAAGACUGAGAAGGAGAAGUUUGCUGGGGGUGAUUACACCACCACGGUGGAGGCCUUUAUCUCUGCCAGUGGAAGAGCCAUCCAGGGUGCCACUUCCCACCAUCUGGGCCAGAACUUCUCCAAGAUGUUCGAGAUCAUGUUUGAGGACCCGAAGAAACCCGGUGAGAAGCAGCUGGCCUACCAGAACUCUUGGGGCAUUACCACUCGCACCAUCGGGGUCUUGACUAUGGUUCAUGGGGAUAACCAGGGUCUUGUUCUGCCCCCCAGGGUGGCCUGUCUGCAGGUGAUCAUCAUCCCCUGUGGCAUCACUGCCUCCCUGCCUGAGGCUGAGAAGGACGGUCUGCUGGCCCAAUGCUCCAAGUACCUCUUGAGGCUGCAGAAGAGCAGCAUUCGAGUGAAGGUCGAUCUACGAGACAACUACUCCCCUGGAUGGAAGUUCAACCACUGGGAGCUGAAGGGGGUCCCGGUGCGUCUGGAGGUGGGGCCCAAGGACUUGAAGCUGGGGCAGUGCGUGGCAGUGAGGAGGGACACAGGCGAGAAGAUCACUCUUCCUGAGGCUGAGGUCGAGAGCCGGCUGACACACCUUCUGGAGGACAUCCAGAACAACCUGUUCAAGAGGGCCUCAGACGACCUGGAGAAACACAUGGUCGCAGCGGACACCAUGGAGCAGUUCCAGAGGGAGCUGGACCAAGGCAGGAUUGUCCAGAUCCCCUUCUGUGGGAAGAUUGAGUGUGAGGACUGGAUUAAGAAGAUCACGGCCAGGGACCAGGACCUGGAGCCCGGAGCCCCCUCUAUGGGUGCCAAGAGCCUGUGCAUCCCCUUCAAACCCCUGAAGACCCUGCAGGCCGGCCAGGCGUGUGUGUGUGGGAAGGAGCCGGCACAGUUCUACACGAUGUUUGGUCGCAGUUACUGAGGGGGGGGGGGGUGCCAUUUCCUCCCGUUUCUCCCCACCCCUCUCCUGGUCAGGUCCUUGAUAUAGUUCUCUAACACCUAGAGAUAGAUUGUCCACCCUCUACUGUUCUCAGGAUUGUACAGUUGUACGUUGGAGAGGAGCUCAAGGAAGUCCAGAAAGGUCCACAUUGAAACUGUCCCUUGUGUUAUUAUUAAAAAAAAAAAAAAAAAAGUAAAGAAUUCCUCCCAGGUGAACACAGGUGUGGCCCCUGAGCCGAGCUGCAAGUCCUUCGCCGUGUUGUCAUGGGGGCCGAGUCCUGAAUGUGAGCUCCAGUAAAAGCACUUGUGCCCCACGCCAUUGGAGUGACUUGUGAGUUUCAUCGUUUUCUGUAGUAGAACCAAACUAAUAAAAAAGGAUUCUCAGUA